CCAGCAGCCUCCGUCCUCUCAUUCCACACGCAGAAGCAUCAUUCCUGUUGCUAUAUUACUGAUUUAUUCUCGCUGUCAUGGCCAACGGGUCUAAUCCACAGCCGCCUGCACCUUCCUCUCCCUCCCACGCCUGAGGCAGGAUACCACAACUUGUCGUCUUGCGACCGCAGUUCCUCUCAAAUUGAGCUGCUCGCUUUCUUUCUACUGUCUUCUUCGCAACUUAGAAUCAACAAUUGGUGACUCUGAUUGGAGAGCAUCUUCCAGCCUCCCACAACAUGCGCUGAAGAGUGUCAUUAUCAGGGCUCUGCAAGCUUGAGCGCUUCCCUCCAUCCUUCGUAAAGCGACAGGCAGAGAUAUGCAGGACCGAGCUGAUGUUGUGCGGUAAACUACGGACUGAGGUCGAUGUAUAUCUUGAGGGAGCCGCUGUCCUCUCCGACAGGUGCGCGACUGUGAGCGCAGCGUCUCUGACUUCGGCGCAAAGUGCGUGCGUUUCCUUUGCUUUAAUGUGCAACUAUUUUCGGCAAAACGCUGAGUGUGUCUAAGAUGUGGACCCGGAACGCAUCCAAAAGACUACCCUGAACAUGAGGAAAAGCAGACGUCGUGCAACUAUGGGUCUUUCUGUGCUUUUCAGAUGGCUUAUAUUCGCAGUGUUGAUACCCACCUGCCUGCUUGCAGCUCCAAGCGGCAUCCGGGAGCGCCGCUGCCCCUCGAGCUGCAGAUGUGAUGGGAAAAUAAUAUACUGUGAAUCCAAUGCCUUUCGUGAUGUGCCAAACAACGUGUCUGUGAGCACGCAGGGCCUCUCCCUCCGUUACAACAGCCUGGUAAACCUCAGAGCCCGCCAGUUCGCAGGCCUCAGUCAGCUGGUUUGGCUCUACCUCGACCACAAUUACAUCAGCUCUGUGGAUAGCCAGGCGUUCCACGGGAUCCGCAGGCUCAAGGAGCUGAUUCUCAGCUCGAACAAGAUUACUCUGCUGAAAAACAACACAUUCCACGAUGUCCCAAAUUUACGGAACCUUGACUUGUCCUACAACAAGCUGCAGGUUCUGAAACCCAAUCAGUUCUUGGGCCUGCGAAAGCUGCUCAGUUUGCAUUUGAGAUCAAACUCCUUAAAAACAAUCCCCAUGCGAGUUUUCCUCGACUGUCGCAAUUUGGAGUUUCUUGAUAUGGGCUACAACAGGCUUAGGAGCCUGACGCGUAAUGCUUUUGCAGGACUCCUGAAACUCAUUGAGCUUCAUUUGGAACACAAUCAGUUUUCAAAGAUAAAUUUUGCUCAUUUCCCCCGCCUGACUAACCUGAGGGCCCUCUACCUGCAGUGGAACCGCAUUAGACUGCUAACCCAGGGCCUGCCAUGGAUGUGGACUUCCUUGCAAAAGUUGGACCUCACAGGAAAUGAGCUGGAAGUGCUGGAUGCCAGAACGUUUCAGUGCCUGCCUAACCUUCAGACACUAAAUCUGGACUCCAACAAACUUACCAAUGUAUCCCAGCAGACAGCAGAGACUUGGAUCUCCCUAACCACCAUUAGUCUUGCCGGGAAUUUGUGGAACUGUAACCCCAACAUAUGCUCACUGGUGUCCUGGCUCAAAGCCUUCAAGGGAAACAAGGAGACUACUAUGGUUUGUGCUAGUCCUAAGGAGGCCCAAGGAGAGAAAGUGACAGAUGUGAUGGAGACUUAUAACACCUGUACAGCAACGCCGACCCCAAUCCCCCCAACAACUUUGCCUCCCACUUCCCCUUUCCAGCCUGAGUUCUUUCCUCUUUCCACACAGCUGGUGGUGGAAAAAAAGCUGACCUGGAAUAGGACAGCCUCUUCGACUCCUUCCCAGGCCUCCCCCACCAUACCCAUGCCCGACACUGACUAUGUGUCCUUCCACAAGAUCAUAGCUGGCAGCGUUGCACUUUUCUUAUCUGUGGCUAUAAUUCUCCUGGUAAUCUAUGUGUCAUGGAAGCACUAUCCCAGCAGUCUCAAACAGCUCCAGCAGCGCUCAGCAGUCAAGAAGCGCCAAAAACAGGCACGGCAGACUGAGCGCUCGUUUAAUUCCCCUCUGCAAGAGUACUAUGUGGACUACAAGGCCUCCCACUCAGAGACUAUGGAUAUGCUGGUUAAUGGGACGGGACCUUACACGUACACCAUCUCAGGCUCCAGGGAAUGUGAGAUACCAUGGCAGGUGAAUCCCCUGGCUCUGUACAGGUGUGAACAGUCAGUGCUGGAUCAGUGCCAUGCCCACCUGUUGCUGCACCACAAUGUGGGCAUGGAGCCCCACUCUCGGGCGCUGGGAGGUUCGGGGCCAGCCUUGUACCACCCGGGCCUAAUGGCUGCCCUCCCCUCCGAGCCUGUGCUGCCUUGCCCCCAGACUCACUCCCACCACCGGUGAGCUGUGUACACCGAGAGGCUGUGAACUCCUGUAUUUGUGCAACUGCUCAGUGAACUGCUCAAAGGAAAUAAAAGGUUGUGUGGGAGGAAACUGGGACUGGUAACAAAGCAAAGGAGACAGCUAAUCUACCACAGAGCAUCCAGGAUUCAGAGUAAUGAAAAUGAAACUAUUUUUCACCAGGAAAAAAGGGGUGCAGCAGUAUUGAUCGAUAAGAAUCUGACCUACAUGGCCCCACAUGUCCUCAAUUAGCAGAGGAGGCUGAUGAGUAACAUGGCUCCCCACAUUCUAUGUCCCUGCCAGGAGUAAUAAGAAUAGUAUUUUAAUGGUUUGGUAAUCUUAUUAAACACAUUUCCUCGACUUCUCAGGGUAGCUCUGCUGUGAAAGUAAUCAACUGAUUAAUACUAUAAGUCGGGUAGCAGAAUAAAUGAAAGAGUGGCCAAACAUAAAGUUUUUUCCUGCUGCUUUUCCUGAUCUAAAGCCCCUCUGUUUCUCUGACUGACAGCCUUUUUUAUGUUAAAACAAAGAAAUCAACCAAACCCAAUCUGAAUAUAGCAGACAGUAAAUGCCACAUAAAAUGUACAGCCUUCAGAGAUUUGUUGGCACUAAGUCUAUUUUUUAUGGUGUCUUAUGAUGUGUGAUGUUGAUCCCAUUCAAAUUAGUUUAUCACAGCGGAGAAAACUAUCCACCAGAAAGCUACACUGCAACACUUAGACAUUUACUUUUCAUCCCUCAUUUAAAUCACUCUUGUGGUUAAUGGUUUUUGAUUUCAUAAUGCAUUAUUAAACCAAUUAUCUGACUGUGUGCUCAUAAAGCUACAUGUGUGCUUUUUACAAGAUGUUGCAAUAUAAUAUGUGGUAAAUAAAACUGUGGUAAAUGAUCGGUAACAGUGUCAUUCAUCAAGAUCGGUGGCUUCGACCCAAACAACUGUCUGCUGUAUUUAGACAACUGCGGAGGUGGAUGAAACAAAAGGAGCGCUGCACUGGAGGCAAGACUGUUUAACAACAAUAUGUCUUGUUUUUGCAUUAGUGACUGACCCCCAAUGGUAACUCUUACAUGCAUUUCUUCUCCUACUGUGACUAUGUAUCUACUUUCUGGUGUAAUAAAGUAAACUAGACUCUCUGA